ACCUCACAGAAGAAGAAGAAGCAGAUUAGCAUGACUAGCUAACAGAAGUGUAACCUGUGUGAGGUAACACACCUUGCGGCCCCGCCUCGCGACAUGUCUGUGUUCAGGUGUAAGUAACAGCGAGAUGAUGAACGACAUCAUGGAGGAGCCGGAGAGGGACAGCGUACCGGAAACACGAGUUCUGUCGGGCUCCAGUGGCGGGACGAGACCUAAGAACGCCGACGGAGGAAUCAGACCGGUGGAGAAAAGAGGACCUUACAUCAUGUCCAGAGCUCCUGCAAUCCACCUCAAAUUACAGAAACAUCGGGAAAUGGCGAGAAAGGCCCUGAAGAAGAAGGCGCUCUCCCCGGGACCCCCCGUGAUGCAUCAGCCCCGACAAGGAGCCAAGAGGACGGUGAAGUACAACAAAGGCUACGCCGCUUUGAGCCAGCACGCCGAGGAGAGUUUGGUGGCACUGGACUCGGACAGCGAUGAGGAAAUCGAUUUUGAGCAGUAUUCCUCUGGAUACUCUUCAGCCGAGGUCCAUCCUGAUUUAACCAAGCAGCUGCUUCAGGACGGCUACCGUCUGGACGAGAUCCCUGACGACGAGGACCUGGACUUGAUUCCUCCCAAAGCCAUGGGCUCCUCUGUGUGCUGCUGCUCUGAGGGCCCGUCCUGCUCCAUGCAGUGAUGCUGGAGCGGAGACUCAGACGUUUGUAAAAGGUCUGGCUCCGGUUCCUGUCCCUGACUUGAGUCACAGGUGCCUGUGGUCCUCCUUCUGAUCCUGCUCACUGCUGUGCUGCCUGAGGACUUCCAGCUGAGAAGCCAAAACCCUGUUCAUGCAGGACUGCCUGCACCGAGCUCGCUCGACCCAUAUGACAACCCGAGGGCCUUGAGAACAAGCCUUAUCCACUGUGACCCCAAAGCUUCAAGUAUUUUUUUAUUUCUACGUUUUUCUUUUUAUGGAACUUCAUGAAAUGCUGAAUAUGAGUGAGUCAUUGUUUUCAGAUAUUUUAGGUUAUUUUUGACCGAAUGAAGAGCCGGCUUCUGUCUUCUUCUGCUCUGGUGAACUGGUCUGCAGCCCUCGGGACUGGUCUGUAGUCCUGUCUGCUGCCCUCUGCACCCGUCUAAAGGCCUUUUCUGCAGCCUUCUGGCCCGUUAUUAACUAACUUUGAUAUGAGGACAUGUGACCUUUGACCUUCACUGAAGAGUGUUGCACUAACUGGAUCUCCCUGUUUGUUUUUCUUCACCGUGUCCUGUCUCAAACAGGACAUUUGACUUUGAUUCCAAAGUGACAUCACCACCUCUAUGGGCCAGUAUAACCCCUACUCCACAUUAUCAGUAAACACACACCGGGGGGCGCUGGUGGUUAGUGCGCACGCACGCCCCAUGUAUGGAGGCGAAGGCCCCCACAUAAUCAUAAUGAUAAGCUUUAUUUUUAUAGCACUUUUCAAAACAGGGUUACAAAAUACUCAACAAAAAAAUUAAAUAGAGAAAUGUGAGGAGUAAAAUACAGGAGUUCAACAGAUUAUACAAAUUAGAACAAUUUAAAAGCAGCAAAAAUAAUCACAGAAGAAAGAGGAGAGGUCAAUAUAAAAACACCAAAAAGAAAGAAGGAAUGAAAGAAGCAGAUUGAAACCAGAAAAGGAUAAAAGAUGGAGGAGAUUUAAGACGUCCCCCACAAAGAGCCAGGACAUCACCAGGGUUGACAAGUGGGAACCUCCCUUCAGCUGUGAUUCGUCUGAUUAGUCCCACAACAUCUCGGGAAGGCUGGACGGUGAGCUCCAGCGUCCCAGAGACCCCCCACCCCCCACCCCCCCAUUCAUGUUAGCUCUCUCCGCCCACCACAGCCACAUGUACAUCUUCUAUAUCUAACCUACCCAUCACAGCCCAAACAGCUUUACCACUUUAAACAGACCCAGGCUCUGUACAUACGAGCUCCAGGAAGUGACCUCACUGAUACCACCUGACCCCGAAUAGCCCCCACCUGACCCGAAUAGCCCCCACCUGACCCCGAAUAGUCCCCACCUGACC